AUGUCCACAUACGGGAGAAGAACUUGGGAUAGAGAUGAGUAUAAGCAAUUAGCUAAAGAGAGAAAUGUUACUUCCCAUUUGGGUGAGUUGAACAGCGAACAGUUGCAAAAGUUGAAGUUAAAGUAUACAGACUUCCAUAAACUGAUUCUUGAUUCCAUCAAGGAUACGAAAAAACGGGUAAUCACAUCAGGAUUGACGUCCUACAAAAAGGGGAAACAGUUUGGCUUUUAUUGUGAUUUAUGUGAUAUGACUUUUAAGGAUACAUUACAAUACAUUGAUCAUUUGAGUCAUAAGAUCCAUCAGAUUAAAUUUGAACAGAUUUUUAACGAGCCUCUAAUACUUGAUCAGAGGGAUAAUGAACAGCUGCCUUUGGAUGAAUUUUCGAGGGAAUAUAAGUCCUUUGUGACUAAAUUUAUAAAUGAAAAUACAUCUUUCAAGACAGCUAAUAAAAAACCAAGAAAACGCAUUAAAAUAAAUGAGGAAAACACCACCGCCAACUUCAAUGAUGGUGAUGGUGAUGGUGAUGGUGAUGAUAUAAGCAAUAUAAUGGGGUUUGGUUCUUUUGGGACUACAAAAAAAGCUGCUUAA